AUGGAUAUCGACGACAUCCUCCGCGAGGUCGAUCCGACUUUCGACACGGUCCCCCGGGAGAGGCGCGACCUCCAGCUGCUCACUCGCGCCUGGGUCGCCGAGAGGUCUGCUCCAGAACUUCUCGAAUGGCCAGCCGAUAGCCUCUUCGAGCGCAUCAACGAGCGCAUCAAAGAGCAGAUAGAAACGGUCGAAGAGAUGACGGGCAAUAUGGACCCCAAAACAAACUUUGCACUCAUCGUCAUCCAAACCGAGUUGGAGAGGUACAAGUUUCUCGUUCGAAGUUAUCUUCGUGCAAGAAUGGCCAAGAUCGACAAGCAUACACUCCACUACCUAUCGACGCCGGCCCUGCGAGCCCGUCUAUCCGAGUCCGAAUUGGCGUACGCCACCCGUCACCAGGCCCUACUGCACAACCACUACCUUUCCUCUUUCCUGGCUUCCUUCCCGCCCGCGCUCCAAAACCUAAACGACACGGCCGGCAACAUCAGUAUGAUCGACACUCCAGACCUAGACUCGGCCGUCUUCAUCCGCCUUCUGCGAGGCUGCUUUGUCGAGGGCAAAGGUACCGACUCCGAUGGCGCUAUGGAGGGCAAAGAUGGCGACAUUCUGAUAUUGAGAUGGACCAAUGCCAAGUCCUUGAUCGAGACUGGUGAUGCUGAGCUGGUAUGA